AUGGCCUCGCCUCCUGCUCAAGAACGCCCCGACGUGCCGCUCCACGGCGGCUUCACGCGCUUCGAGCUCGAACUCGAGUUUGUGCAAUGCCUCGCGAAUCCCGUCUAUCUCAAUUACCUCGCUACGCAAAAGUACUUUGAUAAGCCCGAGUUUGUUGCCUAUCUCGACUACCUGCAGUACUUUGCCGAACCCAAGUAUAUAAAAUUUCUCCAUCACCCCGGACCAACGCUACGCGCACUAGAGUUGCUGCAGCAGGAGCGUUUCCGGCAGGACAUCAUCACACCUGGACUCGCAAACAAGCUGCAGAUUGAGGGCCAGAGGAACGCGGUGCCCAGCCAGAAAGACUGA